AUGUCGGAAACCCAGCCGUCCCUCCGCGCCGUGGAGACGGUCCUCGCGAUCCCGGAGCUCCUUGAGUCCAUAUUAGUGCAAGUCGACAUGAGAACGCUCCUGGUCUCAGCGUCGCGAGUGAGCAGGACGUGGAAGGCCUUUAUGGACGGAUCACCGGCCGUCCAGCAGGCAUUAUUCUUCAAGCCAGUCUCUGUGGAUAUUUCACGGGCAGUGAUCCACGGCCUCGAGGACGGUGUGUUCCCGAGCAUACCGGAGCAAGGCGCCAUGCCAUCCCACACGACUGGUGACCGCCUAAUCAACCCCCUCCUAGCAGAGAAAUUUGACAAAUGCUUCUUCGACUUUGGACCGACGUACUCGUGUCAGCGCCGGGCCAACUCCUUUUACGAGCUCCCCUGGUCCAAAACACCGGAACCAAUCCAGACGGUCCAAGAGUACUGGGGCGGCUGGAGCCAGGUCAAGCCGGCCGAGCUCGACGAAGAAGCAGCACGAUAUCAAGAUGAGGCCAGGAAGCGAUUCACGCGCCGCGGCGCAAGUUGGCGCCGCAUGCUCGUCUCGCAGCCGCCGCCGCCGUCGUUGGGAUACAUGCGCUUCGACGUCUGCAGUCUCGCGCUGGAAGAGCAAAAGGUCGCGAGUUCUCUGAUCCAGCAGCCGGCGCUCCCCUCAGCUUCCCUCUCGAAUGCUGCGGAACCACAAGCACCAUGCAACGGCGUGCGGAUGGGAGAGCUCUACGACAUCGUCCAGCACGCGGCCGGGCACCACGGGCGGCACUCACUCUGGUUCAGGGUCCUCUGGGGCAAGCCGACGACGCACUUUGCCUUUUCGCACGUCAAGGAUGUGUUUGACAGGCUGAUGGCGCGGGCGAGCGUCGUCGUGGAGUUGAUGCAUGCGGACGAUACGUCUCUCCCCAAUCACCCGCAGGACCCGUCGGAUGUGGGUGUGUUUGAUGCUGCUUUCCGGUGCGAGGAGCAUCGCGAGGUAAAGUUUGAGACGGAGCAUACGUGGGGGGAGGCUGUUGAGUUUCCUCACUUUCAUCCGCGGUAUGUUGUUUGGCAUUGGAAGUUGAUGGAGGUUGAAUAG